CUCUUAAAGCUCACCCACAAACAUAUGUUUUUGGUGAGUGAGAGGUAGGCAGACUGUCAUCUGUUGUGUGGCAUAUCAAUUCUGAUGUGUUUGUCACGCUCGUCAGUUCCGCUGCCCAGGAAACAGAAGUGAGAAGUUGUAUCCAUUUACAAGGAACUCAGGAGGAAGGCAGUUGAUCGACUCCCUGUCAGACAUAAGGAAUAGUAACCACCAUGGAUUUGGAUUAUGUAGAAUAUGACGAUUAUACUCCAGACAAUGAAACUGAGAGCAACUUCACCACAAAUGGAACACUGGAUUUCAGUACCCCUCAGACUCCUUUGCCUCCUGUUCUGGUGGCUGUCAAUAUCAUUAUAUCUGUUUUCGGACUUGCAGGAAAUUCAGUAGUGAUCUGGAUCUGUGGACGUAAAAUGAAAAGGACAGUCAUCACCACCUGGUACAUGAGUCUGGCCAUUUCAGACCUUUUGUUCUGUGUCGUUUUGCCUCUGGAUAUAUUCUACACGAUCACCUCACACUGGCCCUUCGGACUGGUCUUGUGCAAGCUCACCUCCUCCGCCCUGUUUCUCAACAUGUACAGCAGUGUGUUUCUGUUUGUCCUGAUCAGCACUGAUCGCUGUAUAAUGAUUUCAUUUCCUGUGUGGUCACAUAACCACCGGACAGUGCGAAAAGCAUCUGCAGUUGUUGUCCUCAUGUGGCUCCUUUCUGCACUCCUAACGUUGCCCUCGCUGAUCUUCAGACAGGUCACAGUCCACGGCUCAGUCACUCAGUGCUACACCAGUUACAUGGGCCAUCAAAUGCACAAGGCUGUGGCACUGACUCGAUUCAUCUGCGGGUUCCUGAUUCCUUUCCUAAUAAUUGUGUUCUGUUGCUCCGUGAUUGGUGUGAAGCUAAGAAGUUUGACCCUCAAGUCAACAAAGCCUUACAAAGUCAUGGCAGCACUCAUCUUGUCAUUUUUCUUCUGCUGGGUCCCUUAUCAUAGCUUUGUUCUCUUAGAGUUGGACUUUAAGAACCACAGCCUGGAAGUGCUUCGAACUGGCCUGAGGGUGGGGACCACCCUGGCUGCAGGAAACUGCUUCAUAUCCCCAGCUCUCCUGGUGUUUGUUGGUAAUGACUUUAAACAAAUCCUAAAGCGUUCUUUGACAUCAGGAAUAGAGGAGGCAAUGGCGGAGGAUUUUCGGACAGGUGGUCUGAAUCACUCAAGGUCUAAGUCAAUGGAAGUUAUCUAAAAUCCAGUCGAAACCUUUGUAAUUGGUGAUGAGGAGUACUUCAGGGAUCAGCGCGUGAUUAUAGAACUGGAUGACAUUGACAUUAAGCUUGGAUGUGUAAAGUAGGGUACACACACUAACUAUACUGUAUAUAAUUGUUGGUAUCAAUGAUUUAUUUAUCAUGAUGAUAAAACCUCAGAAAUUCUGAACACAGUAUCAAAUUUGCAUGACAUAAUGCUCACAUGUCAUUUGAACUAUGUUGUUUGCUAUGAACUGGCCAGUGAUUCUUGCUUGAUGAUUUAAGUAUUUUGAAUUGAAUAAAAUUGAUUGGAUUGAAUUGAAUUUCCAAUAUAAUACAAUUGGGUUGCGAUAACUGUGAACUAAAAGUGACGUGACUAUGUAGCCUCUAUUAAAUGUUCUUGAAAAACAUACCUACAUUCCAAUCUUUGUUUAGAAAAUGAUGCAUAUUUAACAUUUCUACAGGACAGUAAACAAAAUGAAUGGUUCUGAUGUUGUUAUAACUUUCUUCUGCAAAGUUCUAUAACUUUUAGACAUCCCUUUGAUUUAAUGUAGCCCCACUAGCAAGCAGUGUUGUUGCAGAAUACUGUUAUUUUUUAAGUUAAUAAAACACAUUAA